UGCGGUCGCGUCGGGGGCCGGGCCGGGGCGCAGUAAAUGGCGGCGGAGGGAGGCGGAGCGGCGGCCGCGCUCAGCCUAGAGCCCCCGAAACUUUAGGAGCCCCACAACUUUUCCGGGAAGUGCUGCCUCUCCGGGGGCGUGGACGGAAGGGGCAGGCGAGGCGGGAAGUCUGGGGGGAAGCGGCGGGGAGCCGGGGAGACUCGAACCCGCGGCGGGGGCGGUGGCGGAGUCCGCCCGGGCCUCGCGCCGCCGCGGCCCCCGCCUCCUUCCCCGCGCCCUCCCCGCGGCCGCCGAGGCGGAGCCUCUUAGGCGGCGGCGCGCCGAGCCCAGCCGGGCCCCCUCCCCGCGACCUCCGGGCCCUGUGGCUCGGACGCCCCCGGCGCGCGCGCGAGGCCGGGGCUCCCCGCCGCUUCGGGGGGCAAGGAGGAGGCGGCCGGGCGGCGCGCAGUCCCCGCCGUUCCGGCGUCGCGGGGCCGGGCCCCGGGUGUUGCAUGCGGGGCGGGGUGGCUGUGAGCGGAGGCGAAGAUGGAAGGUUUAACGCUGAGCGAUGCGGAGCAGAAAUACUACUCGGAUCUCUUCUCCUACUGCGACAGCGAGAGCACCAAGAAGGUGGCGGCCCACGGGCGGGUGCUGGAGCUGUUCCGGGCCGCACAGCUGCCCAACGACGUGGUCCACCAGAUUAUGGAGCUUUGUGGUGCAACUAGACUUGGUUAUUUUGGAAGAAGUCAGUUCUAUAUUGCUUUGAAACUUGUAGCUGUUGCCCAGUCUGGCUUCCCCUUAAGAGUGGAAAGUAUAAAUACAGUAAAGGACCUUCCUCUGCCAAGAUUUGUUGCUUCAAAGAAUGAACAGGAAUCUCGUCAUGCAGCCUCAUAUUCUUCAGAUUCUGAAAAUCAAGGGUCUUAUUCUGGUGUAAUUCCCCCACCACCGGGCAGGGGGCAAGUGAAAAAGGGAUCCACAAGCCAUGAUACUGGCCAGCCUCGUACAUCUGCAGAUCAGCAGGAACCUGUAUCCCCAGUAGUUUCGCCACAGCAGUCUCCACCAACUUCUCCACACACAUGGAGGAAGCACAGCCGCCAUCCCAGUGGAGGAAACAGUGAGAGGCCUCUUGCAGGACCUGGGCCAUUUUGGUCUCCCUUUGGUGAAGCACAAUCAGGUUCUUCUGCUGGUGAUGCAGUAUGGUCAGGGCAUUCUCCACCUCCACCUCAAGAAAAUUGGGUCAGUUUUGCAGAUACUCCACCAACCAGUACUCUUUUAACCAUGCAUCCUGCUUCUGUCCAGGACCAGACAACAGUACGAACUGUAGCAUCAGCUACAACUGCCAAUGAAAUUCGUAGGCAAUCCAGUAGUUAUGACGAUCCCUGGAAAAUAACAGAUGAACAAAGACAGUAUUAUGUAAAUCAAUUUAAAACCAUUCAGCCUGAUCUAAACGGAUUUAUUCCAGGAUCUGCAGCUAAAGAGUUUUUUACAAAAUCAAAACUUCCUAUUCUUGAACUUUCUCAUAUUUGGGAACUCUCAGACUUUGAUAAAGAUGGAGCCUUGACACUGGAUGAGUUUUGUGCUGCUUUUCAUCUGGUAGUUGCUAGGAAGAAUGGCUACGACUUACCGGAAAAACUCCCUGAAAGCUUAAUGCCCAAACUGAUUGAUUUGGAAGAUUCAGCAGACGUUGGGGAUCAGCCAGGUGAGGUAGGUUAUUCAGGCUCUCCUGCAGAAGCACCUCCAAGCAAGUCUCCAUCUAUGCCGUCACUAAACCAGACUUGGCCUGAGCUGAAUCAGAGCAGUGAGCAGUGGGAGACAUUUAGUGAACGCUCUUCAAGCUCACAAACUCUGACCCAAUUUGAUUCUAACAUUGCACCAGCUGAUCCUGAUACUGCUAUUGUUCAUCCAGUUCCCAUUCGUAUGACUCCAAGCAAAAUCCACAUGCAGGAAAUGGAACUUAAAAGGACUGGCAGUGAUCAUACUAAUCCCACUAGCCCAUUACUUGUGAAAACAGCUGACCUUUCAGAAGAAAAUAAGAUAAAUUCAUCAGUGAAAUUUGCUUCUGGAAAUACUGUAGCAGAUGGCUACAGUAGUUCAGACUCUUUUACUUCGGAUCCAGAACAGAUUGGGAACAAUGUAGCUCGUCAAAGGUCUCAUUCAGGAAUGUCGCCUGAUAACACUGCACCACCACCUCCCCCUCCAAGGCCUCAGCCCUCUCAUUCUAGAUCGUCGUCUUUAGAUAUGAAUCGGACCUUUUCAGUCACCACAGACUUGUGUGUUCAUACAGGACAGCAACAGGCUGGAGUUGUUGCCCAACCUCCUGCAGUGCCUCCAAGACCACAGCCCUCACAGGCUGCUGGUCCCGUCGUGCAUCGCCCGGUGGAUGCCGAUGGCCUAAUAACUCACACUAGUACCUCACCUCAGCAGAUACCAGAACAACCAAAUUUUGCAGAUUUCAGCCAAUUUGAAGUAUUUGCUGCAUCAAAUGUAAAUGAAGAACAAGAUGAUGAAGCCGAGAAACAUCCAGAGGUCUUGCCGGUUGAAAAAGCUUCUGAUCCUGCAAGUUCUCUUCGAGUUGCCAAAACAGAUAGUAAGAUUGAAGAAAAGACAGCUGCUAGCGCUCCCGCCAAUGUGAGCAAAGGCACAACACCUCUUGCUCCACCACCUAAACCUGUUCGAAGGAGAUUAAAAUCAGAAGAUGAAUUAAGGCCAGAAGUUGAUGAACAUACACAAAAGACAGGUGUCCUAGCUGCUGUUCUUGCAUCACAACCUUCUAUUCCUAGGUCUGUUGGAAAAGAUAAGAAAGCUAUUCAGGCGUCAAUUAGACGCAAUAAGGAAACCAACACAGUUUUGGCCAGAUUGAAUAGUGAAUUGCAGCAACAAUUAAAGGAUGUUCUUGAGGAGAGAAUUUCCCUGGAAGUUCAACUGGAACAGCUUCGACCAUUCUCUCACCUAUAAGCCAAUUGCCGUUAACUGUGAACAUACCCAUUUUUAAGCGGUUUUGGGUUCAAAGCCAAUUUGGAGACCCAAACGUUCAGCUCACUGCUUAAUUCAACAUUAAAUUUUAUGAUUCUGUUUCGCCCUAUGUGUUCACCAUUGUAUUUAAGUACCUUUUAUUUUUUAAUUGCAACAAUAAAAGGGUCAGGAUGAC